AUGUGCAGCCUCCGAGUCUCAGCAGCAAUACGCCUCUCAUACCUAGACGCUCUGUUCAAACAGCCAAUCUCCGUCCUGGACGCACUGCCUCCUGGUCAAACCGCAGCCAUAAUUACAAUCACCGCCAAUGUCCUUCAAAACGGUCUAUCCGAGCGUCUCGCUACUUUGAUUCAAGCUAUAUCCGUGAUCCUCACAGCGCUGAUCAUCGCAUGCUACUACAGCUGGGCCCUUACGUUGGUCACUAGUUCAGGCCUCGUGGUCAUCGCAUUUUGUUAUGUAUUUAUGACACCAAUUGUUGUCAAGAGGAUCCAGCAGAUCCAAGACGUGGAAAAGGAAGCUUCCGGUGUUGCGAACGAUGCGUUCCUCUCAAUCAGGAUGAUUGCCGCUUGUGGUGCUGAAAGCAAGGUCGUAGAGACCUAUAAUAGGCUAGUGGAUCAAGCCGCUGCUUAUGGACACAAGAUGUCUUCGAUCGCGGCCUGGCAGCACUCACCUGUCUUCUUCAGCAUUUUCGCUACGUUCGCCUUGUGCUUCUGGUUCGCGGUCAAGCUUUAUCUGGGCUUCCAUUUCGCCAGCGUGAAGACGCUCGUCAUUGUGCUGAUGUCGGUAAUGACCAUACUCGCCCACAUCACCGCCAUCGCUGUUCCAUUGAUGGCUGCGUCGCAUGCUUUGAAUGCGGCAGCCAUCUUUUUUACUGUCAUCGACGCACCUAAACCCAACGCUGGUGGAAAGCGAGACUCCGAAGUCAAAAUGAACGAUGAUAUCGUGCUUGAAAAGGUCAACUUUGCCUACCCGACUAGGCCAGAUGUCAAAGUUCUCAAUGGGCUCGAUUUGAUGAUCCCAUAUGGAAAGACAACGGCCAUUGUGGGCCCAUCGGGGUCAGGUAAAAGCACCGUAGUUGGUCUUCUUCAGAGAUGGUACCAGCUCGAUGGAGACAUGUCCACAAAUCCUCUGACUCUAUUCUUCCGUAAUGGAACCAUCAAGACGGAAGGCAUGAACAUCCAUGAGAUUGACCUCACGUGGUGGAGGUCGCAGAUCGGGCUUGUCCAACAAGACCCAUUCCUAUUCAACGACACAAUACUCAAGAAUCUCGAACUUGGGUUAGUUGGAACUGAAUGGGAGCAUGUAGGAACACUCGAGAAGAGACAGUUGAUUGAGCAGGCAUGCAGAGAAGCAUAUGCACAUGACUUCAUCACUGCGCUGCCUGAGGGUUACGGCACCCAAGUAGGUGAUAACGGUAUCAAGCUAAGUGGCGGCCAACGCCAAAGGAUCGCGAUCGCGAGAAGCAUUGUCAAGAACCCUAAGAUUCUGAUAUUCGACGAAGCUACUAGCGCACUCGACGUAGCGAGCGAGCGCAUUGUCCAGGAAGCUUUGGAAAAGGUGUCACAUAAUCGGACCACUAUCAUCAUUGCGCAUCGUCUGUCUACAAUCCAGAGAGCCGACAAUAUUGUUGUUCUGGCGAAGGGCAGAGUUAUACAACAAGGGACACACAAAUCCCUCCUUGCGGACACAGACGGCGCUUAUUGGAAACUCGUACAUGCACAACAGCUCGUACAGGAAGCGAAGGCAAAACCAAGCCUUCCACCUUGGGAAAGAUUUCUCACCGAAAAGAGACUCUCAAUCCGCACUAGCAUAGUCUCCGAUAUGGAGCUGCUGACGCCAAUGGAACUAUUGACGAUUUCCACAGAAGAUGAUGCAGACAAAGCCGGCAUGGAGGGCCGAUUGUUCCGUAGCUUUGGAACACUCGUGAUGGAACAAAAGCGCAACUUAGGCUGGUAUCUGGUGAUGCUCCUGACCGCAGCUGGUGCUGGUUCGAGCUAUGCCAUUCAAUCGUAUCUAUUUGCACGACUGAUAACGUCGUUCGGUCUAUGGGGAGAUUAUCUUCGCAAGGCGACGAAUUCCCUCUGCUUGAUGCUCUUUGUUGUAGCAAUUGGGGUUGGGCUUUGCUAUUUCGUUUUGGGCUGGGUUUCGAAUAUGGUUUCUACCGAAACCAAGUCGCUUUAUCGCAAGGAGUACUUCCGUAAUAUUGUUGCGAAACCAAUCUCCUUUUUCGAUAAGGAAGACAAUUCGGCUGGUACUCUGACUGCAAGGCUAGCGACUGACCCAACGCAACUUCAGCAGCUCCUUGGGAUGAAUAUGGCGAUGGUCUUCAUCUCCAUAUUCAAUGUCAUAGGGUGCACUGCCAUCUCGAUAUAUUUCGGUUGGAAGUUCGCGCUGGUAGUCAUCGCAGCCUCCAUGCCAAUCAUUCUAGGAAGCGGAUACUAUCGCGUUCGCCACGAGGUGAAGUUUGAGUCUCGAAACAACGAAGUCUUUUCCGAAAGUGCCAAAUUCGCAACAGAGGCUAUUCGUGCGAUCCGUACCGUUGCGGCACUCACACUAGAAAAGACCAUUUGUUCAAGGUAUCUGAAAUCCCUUCUGUAUAUCAACACUGCUGAUAAGUUGCAGGGUAGUACGGCUGCUGGUCAAUGGCUCAGUUUUGGUCCGAAUAUUGCACAAGUGACCGCGGCAGCCACGAGGAUCCGCAACAUGAGAGCCGGAGCAACACAUCCCCACUCAAGAGUCUCCACACGCCCCACACGACCAGAUACAGCUGUUUCCAGCCGUUAUAGGAUCCCACUUGCCACGAUACAAAAAGGCGCCGACAUCUCGUUCCGAGACGUUUGGUUCACAUACCCAACUCGACCCAACCCAGUGUUGAAAGGAAUCAGUUUCUCCAUCCGUCAUGGCCAAUUCGCCGCCUUUGUCGGACCUUCUGGCUCCGGGAAGACGACAAUCAUCUCAUUGCUCGAGCGCUUCUACGAAGCUCAAUACGGAAGCAUUCUGUACAACUCGGACGACAUCAGGUUUAUCUCCUUGAAAAGGCAUCGUGGGCAAAUGUCGCUGGUAGCGCAGGAGCCAUCGUUAUUCCGCGGGACGAUCCGCUCAAACAUUCUACUUGGUGUUGAUGAGGAAACAGUCACGGACUCCAUGCUUCACAGUGCCUGUCGCGACGCAGGCAUUCAUGACUUCAUAUCAUCACUACCUCAAGGCUAUGAGACUGAUGUGGGCACUAGUGGGGUUGCUCUCAGCGGAGGGCAGAAACAGCGCCUAUCAAUUGCGCGCGCACUCGUCCGGGACCCAAGUGUACUGCUACUGGAUGAAGCGACGAGUAGCUUGGACUCCGAAACUGAGCGGGAAGUGCAGGAGGUUUUUGAGAGGACCGCAGGAGGAAGAACCAUGAUCGUUGUUGCUCAUAGGCUUGCGACUGUGCAAAGAGCUGAUGUAAUAUUCGUUAUGCAGGAAGGCAGGAUAGUUGAGCGAGGAGAUCAUCAGAGCCUGCUCGCUGCUCGAGGUUGGUAUUGGCAAAUGUGUCAAGCUCAGGCCAUGCUUUGA